CUUCCAACACCCCCGCAAUUCAUUUCAAUCUGCUCUCGACAGGCUGCUUCAACUACCCUGGCAGCGUUCUCAUGGCCAGUAUCCAGUCCUGUCUAAGAGAUUCCUACCGCCGUGUAACCCCCAUGGGUUUUUUUCGAUCCAGCUAUCGUUUCAGCCUCACACCUCUCACGGCAAUCUCACGGCGAUCAUUCUCUAGUCCUGUCUCGGUGAGAGACAGUACGAGCAGACAAUACAGAGCAAAGGGAUUUGAUUGAUACUUGGUACGCUUUAAAAAGGGCGUCUGGUCUUGCCUUUGAGGUUGAUUUUUGGCAGUCAUAAGAUUCCGAGGUUGUCGAAAAUGGAGUCGGGUAAUGGCUAUGAGGAACCGGUCGACCUACGCGCACUGGACUAUGUUUCCAGCUAUGAUGACCAUCUGAUGUGCCCUAUAUGCCGUUGCCCAUUUAUCCGACCAGUGCGUCUGCAAUGCGAUCAUGUUUUCUGUCAGAAGUGUUUAAACACCGCCAUGACGACCGGGUUGGAAGUGUUCACCUGUCCGACCUGCCGCGCUCCGCCACAAGACGUGUUCCAGAAUGUUCCUCGUAUCUUGACCAAUAUGUGCGAUGAGAUCCGGGUAAGGUGCCCCUUUGUCAGCGAAGGGUGUCAGGAGAUUGUCCCUCGAGGCCAUGUCCAGUCUCACGUCGAUAAGUACUGUGGCUAUAAACCUAUCGAGUGUCCAAGCCCACUCUGCAACAAAAAGAUCAGGAGGAAAGACCUUCCUUCUGACGAUCGGUGUCUUCAUGAGCUGCAUGUAUGUUCUCUCUGUGAGGCAGAGAUCACAGAGCAGGACUACGACGAACAUGUGAAUGAACUCUGCCCAUAUCUGAAAAUGACAUGCCCUGACUGUCUGGCGACCAUGUUUCGAAACGCGUUGAAAGAACACAUCGAUGUCUGCCCCGAGGCCAUACAUCCCUGUGCGGCGUCCAAAUAUGGGUGUCCCGUGAAGAUCAAGAGAGCGGCGCUCAUAACCCACGAAAAACAAUGUCCGUUAUUAAUGAUGAGCCCUUAUUUCGAGGCCCAGAACUCGCGACUGGAAUCGCUUGAGUUGAAGAUCAGUCACCUCCAGCAGCGUAACGAGAUCUUUGAGGAGGGGCUGGCCAAACUUCAGUCUACCUUGAUGGAGUCUCCACAGACCAAUAAUUCUUCAUCAGACGCCUCUGAUAACCAACAGCCUCGGGAUGACCGCUUUUCAUACCAAUCGAAUGCCAACACAUACCUUCUUUCUUUGCACGAGUCCCUCCGAGAAGAAGUUGCGCGGAUGUCACAGGCAAUCACAGACCUGGAUGCUCGCGCCAGUAUGACUAUCAUGAACGAAUGUCUGCGAAUCAAAGAGGACAUGGCCCACACCAACGCUGCUGUCGGUAGUGUUCGAAUGCAAGUGCAAUGGCUUAUGAAUCCUCGGUUGCACCACGGCCAGCGAGUCGCGAGUGUGCGGGCAAGUGGCACCGGCUCGUCCGAGCAGGGUUCAAGCAAUGCAGUCGCACCAUCCCCAGGCUUACCAUCCUCAGGCACUGUCCGAGCGAGGAGACUAAGCGAUAGUGGGCGCGAGGGAACGAAGCUGUGAUUGGCGACUGCUGAUGAACAGUUCCAUGGCGAAUGUGGUUAAUUGGCGUCUAUAUCUAUAUCUUACAUUGUUGGGGGGGCAUUGGCGUCUAAUUGGAGUCUUAUAUGAUUCCCCGUCUCGGCUGAUUUUUA